AUGGAAAGAGCGAAGGCACAGAGGGUGUCCAAUAAAUUGCAACAGACUUUCCACCAUUCUAAAGAACCCACCUUCCUUAUCAACCGUGUCAUUCUAGCCCCUAACUCCCAUGCCAACCUUUGUCCACAAACAGUCCCCAUCGACUCUGCUGAAAAAAGUCAGACGAACCCUUCAAAAAAUAGACCUGGAACAGUGACACUCACCAAACGCCCCAAUAGGAAGAAGAUGUCUGACAGCCAGCCCAGCCCCCCUGUGAUCCUCGCCCGCAGGCCUGCAUUCCGGAUCUGUUACAUCUGUGGCCGAGAGUUUGGGUCCCUGUCGCUGGCCAUCCAUGAGCCUCAGUGCUUGGCAAAGUGGCGCAUUGAGAACAGCAAGCUGCCCAAGCAUCUGAGGAGACCGGAGCCCUCCAAGAUCCAGCCGCUCAGCAGCAGCGGAGCCUACAAUCUUGAAGAAGCAAAUGAGGCUGCAUUUCAGAGUUCCCAGGCUCAGCUGCUCCUCUGUGAAUUCUGUGGUCGCACCUUCUUGCCAGAUCGUCUUCUGGUCCACCAGAGGAGCUGCAAGCCUACGGAUGACAGGCUCCAAGCCCCGAGUGCCAGCUAUUCUGAUGAAUCUGUCGGUCUCGAGAAAGUGCCUAGUGGCCUCCCAGCCCAACCACGGACACUCCUCUGCUACAUCUGUGGCAGAGAAUAUGGCACCCGAUCUCUUCCCAUUCACGAGACCAAGUGCCUGGAAAAGUGGAAAGUAGAAAAUGACCAUCUCCCCAGAGAGUUCCGCAAGCCACUUCCACAGAAACCUCAACCCCUUCCACCUGGACAGUCCACCCAAGAGGGUCCAAGUCAAGCUCAGCUGGUGCCCUGUCCAAACUGUAAUCAGACAUUUGCCCCUGACCGUCUUUUGGUCCACCAGAGAAGUUGUCAAGCUCGACUUCAUCAGUCUAAAGUUGUGAACUUGACAGGGAAUAGACAGGGCUUAAAGGAGUCCACUAUUUCCAAGCAAAAAAGGAACAUGGUGACCCCAUCUGGGAGUGAUAAGCCAAUAAUGAUUAGGCGUCCACCAACAGUUGUUUGCUAUAUUUGUGGUCGUGAAUAUGGAACAAAAUCUAUUGCCAUCCAUGAGCCACAAUGUCUUAAGAAGUGGCAUAAUGAAAACAAUUUGCUGCCAAAAGAAUUAAGAAGACCAGAACCCAAAAAACCAGAAAUUAGAACCAUUGAUGCCAAAGGGUUCUAUGAUCUCGAAGCCUUAAGUGAAGCAGCUUGGACAACUGCCCAGACCCUGUUGGUUCCCUGUAAUAAUUGUGGGCGCACCUUCCUGCCAGACAGACUGAUUGUUCACCAAAGAUCCUGUAAACCGAAAGUCGCCAAGUAA